GGUUCUAAGGGCAAACCAUAAGAGUUAGUCAGUCCGUGGACCCCGAAGCGAGACAAUCACAGCGAUACAGAGAUGAAGACGAGUUUGCUGCUAACUCUACUGAUGGUGGCGCUAGGUGUGAUGUUAGCCCACUCGGCUAUCAACCCAGAAGCUGGCUACCCGUACGAGGCGCCAGAUGAAGAGCUCCAGCAGCUGACAGAGGAGCCUCGUCCCAGGGCGCAACGUCUCAAGGUGCGUGCGGGUGGAGUAGUGCCUGCCCAGCGGCGACAGCCGUUUGCACGCCGCAACUGCCGCAACAAAGGCAAGGGGAGUCCGGAGGCGGAGGCAGCAGCUCGGGCCAGGUAUCAUGCGGCUCGUCCCCCGCCGCGUCGCCUGUCAAGGCACAAGGAAGUCCAGGUGGACAGCGAGUUCUUUGAGCCCUCGCCGGAACGGGUCGAGGAGCUGAGGCGGAUUCUGCUCGACCAGCAAUAAAAUGAAAUGCUCCAGGAAAUUCCUCGUGCUUG